GGAAGGGACAAUGAAAUGGGAGCAAAUAUUUACCAAGAGUACGGAUGUGGUCAGAAACAAAACUACGAUUUCCAUAUAAAGAAGAAGCCAAAAGUCGUGCCUGAUUUAUUAAACCAAACAAAUGGAUUAGAGAGCAGAGUUGAUACAUACGCUAAUAAUAUCUUUCAAAUGGCUUCUAUUCCUCUUCCAGCACUCUAUUUCUCCGCAUCACUUGUCAGUUCCAACGUUAACUCUCGCACUAAGUCUCCAAUUAGAUCAAUUAGCAGUGGAUUAAGGAAGCUGAGAACCAAUCAAAGAUUCAGUCUUUUUGUAUGUCGAGCAGCCUCUGUCACGUUUCGUGAUCUUGAUGCCGAUGAUUUUAGGCACCCUCUUGACAGACAGAAUACGUUGCUUUUGAGAGCAAUACCUGGUCUCAACGACAUUGGAAAAGCCUUACUAGGGACUGUUUCUGAACAAAUUAUGCUUCUGGAGAACAUAGGGACGUCAGUUCUUGUUUCAGAAAAUCAGCUCCCUGAACUUCAUCACUUAAUGGUUGAGGCUGCUAGAAUUCUCAAUAUUGAGGCUCCUGACUUGUAUAUACGUCAAAGUCCUGUUCCCAAUGCAUAUACUCUGGCUGUCCGUGGUAAAAAGCCUUUUGUAGUUGUUCAUACAAGCCUUGUGGAGCUGCUGAGUCGAAAGGAAUUUCAGGCUGUCUUGGCUCAUGAGUUAGGUCAUCUGAAAUGUGAUCAUGGUGUGUGGUUGACAUUUGCUAAUAUUCUCACUCUUGGGGCCUACACUGUUCCUGGUGUUGGCGGUUUGAUUGCUCAGAGACUGGAAGAACAGCUCUUCCGCUGGCUUCGAGCAGCAGAACUCACUUGUGAUCGUGCAGCACUUCUUGUUGCUCAAGAUCCAAAGGUGGUUGUUUCAGUAUUAAUGAAAUUAGCUGGUGGCUGCCCAUCUCUGUCUGAUCAACUGAAUGUGGAUGCAUUCUUAGAGCAAGCUCGUUCUUAUGAUAAAGCAUCAUCUAGCCCAGUGGGAUGGUAUAUUAGAAAUGCUCAAACAAGGCAACUUUCACAUCCGCUCCCUGUUCUACGUGCACGCGAGAUUGAUGUAUGGUCGAGAAGUCAAGAGUAUAGGUCUCUUCUUAAGCGUGCAAUGGAGGUGAAUUCUGUGCAAAAAGUUUAGCGCUGCAUGAGGAUGAGCAUUGAAGCUGAAUACAUGUAAAUAUCCAGCAAUUAAAUUAUAAUAUAAUGGUACAAGUGCAGCUGUUUGGGCGCAAAUUUUACAUGGAAUAUAAACCCACUCCAGCAGUUGAUGAAUUGGUAUCUACCUACCGUUAUUUCAAUUGUUGAAGACUUGAAGUACUAGCUUUGAUUAAAUUUCGGUGGUCAAUAUAAUGUAAAGGAGGAAUGAUCUGAAUUUGUAUAGCCAUUAACUAUGUGUAUAUCACCAAUAGCUGUGUACAUGCAAAUACAGGAAACUUUGUUUUGAUUAUGGUCAUCAACAUUAGAAGCA